GGGCGUACCCAUUGGUAAAAAAAACACAGCCCACAGGCCCAAUCCAAGUUGAAAUUAAUGUAAGAAGAGACAGAAGAGGUCACAGAAUCCAAGGAAACGGCUGGGUGAGUGUAUGAGUGCCCGAGAAGGAGAAAGGGCAGAGAGUGAGAGAGAGUUAGUUCGGGUUUGGGUUGAACUGAAAGGGGUUUUAACUUUAAGGCUUAAGCGGUGUGGUGUGUCUUCAAGUGUCAUGCUCUGACGCUGCUCGUGCAUGCACUCACUCUUUUCUCUCUCGCAAAACAUAAACAUAGGCACGUUUUCUUUGGGUUCCUUUUUUUUUAAUCCUAAAUUUAUGUGUAGUUGUAGUAGUAACUAUAGCAAUAACAAAGCAUAAUUACAUCUACCACCGCCGUUACGCUUCUCAUCUCUUCUCUUCUCUUCUCUUUGUUUUAUUCACUCGUCCACUUCUUGCUGGUUGACUACCUCCUCCUCCUCCUCCUUCUUGUUCAUUCCAAGUGAAGUGGGUUGCUUCUCUGAAUGACUGAUUUGUUGUGAGUUGAGCGAGCUUGUGCUGGAUGGGGUCCAAGAUUUGCAUGAAUUCCUCCUGUGGAGCUGCUACCAGCAAUGAAUGGAAGAAGGGUUGGCCUUUGCGAUCUGGUGGUUUUGCUCAUCUCUGCUACCCCUGCGGCUCUGCCUACGAGGAUGGCGUCUAUUGCGAUACAUUCCACUUGGAGGAAUCUGGCUGGAGGGAGUGCCGAAUAUGCGGCAAUCAUCUUCACUGUGGGUGCAUAGCCUCCAAUUAUCUGCUUGAACUCCUAGAUUAUGGUGGUGUUGGGUGUAUGAGCUGCGCAAAGAGCUCCCGACUUCAUUCAGUUAAAAGAAUUCAGACACAUGGUGAUGAAAUCCCUGAAGGAGUUGGAGCAGUGCCAAUGAAUAAUGCUGGAUCCAGUGCUGUUGAAGGUAAAGCAGUUAGUGAUCAUGUUGAUGAGAGAACACUUGCACCAUUGUGCAAAUCCAUGGAGGCUAAUGAAUGCAACCUCUUGCCUCAAUCUCAGAGAGGUGAUGCAAAUGCAUCUCUUGUGCAACACAGAGGAGAGGAAGUCAUAUGCCCCACUGAGAAAGUAGGUGCUGGGUUUUCAAAUGCUACACAACCAUAUGUCCGACCAGCUAACUUUGCAAAAUUAGACAAUGCUAGACCAGCUUUGGACUUUAGAGAUAUUCAGGAUUCACUUCCACAACCUUAUUUGAGCAUGUCUUUGGGAGGAUCUUCUGCCAAUCCCAAUUUUUUACUGCCUUUUUCCGGUGGGCUAGCUGAUGGAAAAGAACCAAGCAAAACAUGGUCCUCUUUUCAACAAGGGCAGCAAUCUCGUCGCAUAUUGCCCAAACCCUCUAAAAAUGGUCUAACAACAAGUUCAGAACUGAAUAAAGGCAUGAUUCCUCAGGCACGUAUUACAAGGCCACCAAUUGAGGGACGUGGGAAAAAUCAUUUACUUCCUCGGUAUUGGCCCAGGAUUACUGACCAAGAGCUACAGAAACUAUCGGGAGAUUUAAAAUCUACCAUUGUGCCACUGUUUGAGAAGGUUCUCAGUGCCAGUGAUGCUGGUCGAAUUGGUCGAUUAGUGCUUCCAAAAGCAUGUGCUGAAGCAUAUUUUCCUCCAAUUUCACAAUCAGAAGGCCUUCCUCUAAGGAUUCAAGAUGUAAAUGGGAAAGAAUGGACAUUUCAGUUCAGAUUUUGGCCAAAUAACAAUAGUAGGAUGUAUGUUUUGGAGGGUGUUACUCCUUGUAUCCAGUCCAUGCAACUACGAGCAGGCGAUACUGUUACAUUUAGUCGAAUAGAUCCUGGGGGUAAACUUGUUAUGGGGUUCCGGAAGGCAGCAAACUCUGAUACACAGACCCCAAAAGGAGGAAAGGAUCUUCUUGGAAAUGCUCUGUCUGAACAUUUUGGUUUACCUGAUGGAAAUAUUAGUCGCAGUAGAGAUGAGAACCAUGGAGUCAGGGCAAAUGAGAAUUCCGGGCAUCAACUAGCAAUGAAUGCAGAGAAGAAGAAGACUAGAAAUAUUGGAUCCAAAAGUAAGAGGUUGCUGAUGCAUAGUGUAGAUGCGUUGGAGUUAAGGCUCACAUGGGAAGAAGCACAGGACUUGCUUCGUCCACCCCCAAGUGCCAGGCCUAGCAUUGUGACUAUUGAGGACCAUGAAUUUGAAGAAUAUGAUGAACCCCCAGUUUUUGGAAAGAGGACUAUAUUUGGUGCCUGGCCAUCUGGGGAACAGGAGCAAUGGGCACAGUGCGAUGAUUGCUCCAAAUGGCGAAGGUUACCAGUUGAUGUUCUCCUCCCUUCAAAGUGGACAUGUUCUGAUAAUGUUUGGGAUUCUAGCAGGUGUGCAUGUUCUGCACCAGAGGAGAUCAGCCCAAAGGAACUGGAGAAUAUUCUCAAAGUGGGUACAGGUAGGGCAAUAUUCCAGAGGAGGUUCUGUGGCACAUUUAGGAUAAUUUUAGGAAAACAAAAUUUGAAGAAGACAAAAGUUCAAGAAGGCCCUAAGGUAGCCCCAGAACCUGAACCUACAGGCUUGGAUGCUCUGGCAAGCGCUGCAGUUCUAGGUGACAAAAUGGGUGAUGUGGGGGAGUCUUCAGUUGGAGCUACAACAAAACAUCCUAGACACCGUCCUGGUUGUACCUGCAUUGUGUGCAUUCAGCCUCCAAGUGGGAAGGGAAAGCACAAAGCGAAUUGCACCUGUAAUGUGUGCUUGACAGUAAAGCGCCGGUUUAAAACACUCAUGCUACGGAAGAAGAAACGCCAAUCAGAACGUGAAGCAGAAAUUUCCGAAAGGGAUAAUAAGAAGCAAAUGGAUGAAACAGAGCUGAAGGACACAAGAAACGAUCAUUCAGAAAAUGAAGGAAGUCGAAGCAGAAUUGAAGGUGAGGUAGCAGAGGCCAGCACUGGAGAAAUAGACCUGAAUUGUCACCCCAUUCGUGAAGAUGUGCAACUUGGAGGAGGAUUGAAUAUGAUGAGUUUUGUUGAAGCUACCAGCUUGCCAGUAAAAAAUUACAUUAAGCAAAAUGGAAUUGAAAGCUUAAAGACUGAGCAACAGCAACAGGGUAGCCUUGGGUCCCAUUUUCAGUCAGAAGCUAAUAGAGAGAAUGAGAGACCCCUCUCUGAUGAAGAGUUUCUUGCAUCUGUAGGAUGGGAGCGUGUAGGGCAUAAGGAGCCCAGCUUGGAGAGAAAUAGUCUUCAAUGAAAAUGUCCUUGGCAGAUUUGCUGCUCCUUUUUUUUUUUUUUUUUUUCCUUUCCUUUUACAGGUAUAUUAGUUCUGUAGGUGUUAGCCUCACAUCUUCAAACACACACACACUGCAAUAACCUUUGUUAAGCUGGUUACCUUUAUACCAAGUAAAUGGGGCGCCUCUUUGUCUUUGUCUCUGUCUGUUUCUUUCCACAUUUAUUAUGGCAGGCUAAGGCUCGGGCUGUCUUGUUAUCCAUAUAUUCUGCUGGUGCUAGGUGGUGGCCGUGAUUUGGUUUAUCAAUCAUCUAUAUUUAUAAGUAACGAUAGAAACAAGUUGAAUUCACUAAAACAGAACAUAACAUAUUAAAUUUAUUCAAAUGUAAUCGGUUGGUUUAAUUCCUUCUUUUUCCAGGCUGUUGCAGAUCGAAUAAUUUAAUCAGUGAAUUGUAUUAUUCUCCUUUUCCUGUUCUUUUGGUGGGGAAGGUUUUUUUUCGAUAUGAGUGGUGAGUGGCAUAGGGCUGUAAAUGAAUUGGGUUUGAACGCAUGUGCUUCUAUUCGCGUUUCGCGUUUGUUUAUUUAUUUUUAAGAAAUUUAAACUUAACUUAAA